AUGUUCACUGCCUACUUGAAUGUGAAUGGCGCAGCACGAUCAUUAUCAAUCCUCAGCUAUCACUUGGGCUCGGCCAUUGACACUGGCAACGUUGACUUUGUGCGACUGCUACUCAAACACAAAUGUGGAGGUGAGACGGCUAGAGAUGGAGUAAAGCGGCCGGCCAGUGUCGACAUGCUCAAGUUUCUACACGAGGAAUUCGAAGUCCACUUUAACGACCACGUGUUGUUACCAUCAUUACUCAAACUGUGUAUCAAGUGGAACAAGGUGGACAGUGUCCAAUACAUUGUCAAGCAUAUGCCCAAGUUCUUAGCUAAGAGAGAAUCACCGAUCAAACAGAGUAUACGUAAAGGAUUGGUAUAUGUGGCCAAACAAGGGAACGUUGAGAUGUUCCAAUCCCUUUGCAACACACCCUUGGGACUAAAGCCCUUCCACAAUCUUCCAAUGCUGCAGGCAGCUUUGGACUUUGGCCAUGGUGAUCUUAUCAAACCACUUCUUUGUGGUAGCGACGGUGAUGAUGAUGAUGAUGGACUCAGGGAGACGGUCAUUCAAUAUUUUGAGUGGCCUGACGGAGACACAGACAGAUCACCAACCGAUGCCAAGCUUCGUGUCACUCCCUUAUCGACGAUAAACACGAAUAACUUUGAGAUGGCCGAGUCACUCCUUCCUCAAGUCGAGCCCGUAUCGAUUGGUGUUGCAAUGUGGGGCCGAAUGUCCAGUCAAAUGGCUAAGUUCAUCACUCAUCCUCGUCAUAAAGGACUCAAGCUAUUCUCUCAUUCCAACUUGUCAUUCUUGUUAGAGUCGAUGAAGGUACCAGGAUGCCACAUCACAGAGGAGAUCAUUCUCAACUUCAUUGACAACUGCCCAUCGGAUGCUCCUCGAUGUUCAAACACCAAACAUCUAAUCUCAUUGUCAAUUGAUUGUUUGGUCAUAGCAUUGGAGACGGGCAACAUUGAAGCUAUGUCAUUGGUACUCGAUCAUACUUCUGCAGAUCAUCUUGACAGAAUGUCAACUAACCAUACAGUUGAGUUUGCGGCCCGUGAGAUAAUAUCAAAGGAAUCGUUGGACAAGGUGGCCUUAUUGUUGGACAGGUUGCCAAAGUUAGUUUAUAAUGAUUACAUUCGCGAAUCGAUUAUGACCAACUUCACACCAGGUGUCGUUCCUCAUUUCCUGGACAAGUUUACAAUCACAGACUACAACACGAAUGGAAGGAUCAAUGCUAAUGUGAUGGGCAUGAUUGCAACAGCCUUCUACAAUGACAAUCAAUAUGCAUUGGACAUACUCGUACAGCGAUUAAAGGAUGCUGGACAGCCACUACCAACAGUCACACUCAGAACAUUGAUGAAGGCAUCACAUAACAAUGCCUAUCAUAUGUUGGAACAUUACUUAAAGUCAACAGAGUUCAACAAUCAUUCCAAGACAAACCAAUUACGAACCCUCAACAUGAUCAUGCAUCGAGCCUUGAUGAGUGGGCGCUCUCGCAUCAUCAAACUAUGUCAACAUUCAAUCAAAGUCAUUCAAGAAAACAGGAAGAGAGAUAGAGACGAUUAUGGAGACAAGGACCAUUGUGGAGAUAUUGAUCAGAUCAUGGUUGUCCACGCAUCUUCACACUUGGAGACCGCAGUUCACAAGGUGUUCACAGAUAAUAAGUUGUGCCAGACCAUCAUGUAUCAGCCAGGCCUUGAUCCAUCCCAACAAGUACAUACUAGACAUAUUGUUGGGCGAUCCAAGAAUGGUAAUCAAUCCCAACAUUGA